UUGUAUAUAAAUUCUGAGUAUUUACUACCACAAACUUGGUUCUAAACUUGUUGCUGCAAGGAAUCAACAUAUACCACGAAAUAGCAAAGUGAUACCAAAGUUCUACAAACAGCGACCUUCUUGCAUAAACAAUAGAUACAUCGCAUUCAAUAUGUCGAUAGGUACCCCAGUGAAGCUAUUCUAUGAAGGCAUAGGCCACAUAGUCACUGUGGAAAUGCAAAAUUCACAAUUGUACCGUGGCACACUGGUAAAUGUUGAAGAUAACAUGAAUUGCCUACUAGAGGGCGUUACUAUGGUCAUGAAGGAUGGAAAGACUCUAGCAUUGGAGCAGGUUUUCCUACGAGGAGCACAAAUACGCUUCGUUAUAUUCCCAGAUAUGCUAAGGCACGCGCCCAUGUUCAAACAAAGCGCGCGUGACCGCAAUAAACAAGCAGUCAUACCACAGGCGCCACCACCGCAAUUCGCCAACCGUAGGCGCACAUGAUGGACACCAAAAAAACAGUGUUACGAAUAUCGCGCAACAUUGAGUGGAUACAAUCGCAUAACAGUACUGGUUAAGACGUGCCAAUAU